AUGCAGCAGAUACACGACAUCAUUUCAUCUUUGGCAGAAGAACGAGAUGUGGAAGUUCAAUAUAUACCAGACUAUGAACCAUCCUAUGAUGUAGACAUGACCUUUGUCUCCCUAUGUGGUAUCUCAACCAUAUCAGAGUUGAUUCCAGGAGUGUGCAGGGCCAUUGCAGAGGCAUAUAAAGAUGAGGUCUUCAACAUACCUACCACCCCUGGAGCAUGGAGCACCCUUGCCCAGCAGUUUGAACAGAGAUGGAAUAUCCCCCAUGCAAUUGGUACAUUGGAUGGAAAGCACACAGCCAUUAAGAAGCCAGCAAUCACAGACAGUCUCUACCACAACUAUAAGGGCUUCUUCUCUAUACCACUGCUGGCAUUGGUAGAUGCAGAGUACAAGUUCAUCUGGAUUGAGCUGGGAGAUACACCGAGAAAGGGAUCAAACAGUCCACCCGGAGCAGGCAACACUCAGCCAGGACAGGACACCGCCUUAACCACAACAGUCCCCGCUGAAAAUGUCCCCCAGGCCGACCCGGCAGUCGCCCCGGAGGUCGAAAAUCCGUCAUCGAAAUCGAAACAAAAAGAGAAACACCGAAAUCGAGGCGGAAAACGACAUCGGGAUCACGAAGACGAAUCGAGCGACGUUACCACGAAGGAUGUGAAGGAGAAAGGUAAUCGAAAGAAAGACAGGAGCGAGAAGAAGAAGCACCACAAGAAACACAAUCAGGAGGCUGCGAUCACGACGACGAGGACGACGACAACAACGCUCUCGAUGACUGAGAACUCGAAUGAGCUACCUGAGGAACCAGUGGCAGAAAACGAGCCAGCGAUUGUGGAGGAAACACCGGAACCUGUUGCGGAAGGCGACCCCUUGGUUGAACCGGAGGUUGAUUCAGAUGACGACGUUGAGGCGACGAUGAUCAUGACCUCGACGACGACGACGACGGUAUCUUCGAAGAAGCAUCACCGGGAUCGUGAGGCUAAGAAACUCAUGAGAGAUCAAGCCCAGACUGAUCGCGAAGCCAGGAAAUUACGCAAGGAAGAGAAGAAACGAGAAAAGAAGGAGAAACGGAAACUCGCAAAAAAUAACCCUGAUUCAGCUGAUGAAUUGGAGCUGACAGUGAACCCCACCCCCUCCCCCGUAGCCGAUGGGAUCAACCUCACUCCAUCGGGACCAUCGCCGGUACAGACAACACAGCAACAUCCAACACAGACUGAAGCAGAGACAAACAAAAAGGACAAGAAGAAGAAGAAAGAGAGAUUGGCUGAAAACACCGAGUUAUCAAGAACAGAGAAGAGGAUACAGAGACUUGAACGUAAGAUGCGAAAACUGGGGCACAACAGGAAAAACGCAACGAGAAUCCCGUGUGAAGAUCACGAGAAUUGUCAAGAAGGUCAAUGCUGUCUCUUAAGACGAGGGAAUAAAGUAUGCCAUAUUGUCAACAAACCCGAGGGACACCAUUGCGUACAUCCAUGCAUGUGCAGUCAAGGUCUGACUUGCCUUGGAAAGAAUCAGAAGCAGAAGUCUUUAAGCAAAGGUCAUUGUCGACGUGUUGAUAUAGCUGAAACAGCCGUAGAGGGCGGUGUUACCGACAAUCGCGCUCCUGCUACAGUAAAUGAAGGACGGACACGUAACAUGCCCAAUGUUGGUUAAAAAUGUAAUUAAUGUGUACACUGGUUGGAUAGAAUAUUUCCAACCGGGGGCGGAUCCAGGAUUUUCCAAGGGAGGGAGGGGGUACAUUUUCUUAAGGAAAAUUUAACAAACAAGCAAGAAAAAAAGGUUUUCACCUAUAAAUCAAGGUAAUUUCGUAAAGGUAGAAUUUGACAAGCAAAAAAGAAAAAAAGGUCCUCCCGUGUGUACAAAAGAAAUAUCGGCUGUUACUUUCAAAAGUGGGAGGGGCUCACUUGUGUAAGAACGGCAUAUUUACAUUAAAAAAUGAUUACGACUUUGGUGACCGUGUGAUGCUAAUUGAUAUUAUGUAUAUAGUAAUAUAAACCACCCAAAUGGUGAGGUUGCAUCAAUUCGCUAAUUUACCUCACUUCAAAUAGGCUACCGUAAAAAUAUGAGAAAAACGUAAAAAAUAUAAUAAUCAGUUUAAAAAACUCAAGGGAACAUGAAAUUUACAUCAAGUUACACUUAAAAUGUUAAUCAUUUUAAUCACCAUGACUAAAUUCAAUUAUGCAAAACAAACAAAAGCUUUGUACAUUUGUAAAAAGAAAAUAUAUAUAUCGCUUCUGACAAUCGGGCUUCUUUUUAAAUACUGUCUAAAUCUGCGCAAAACUGUGAUAGGCUGUCAUUUUUGUAAUAUUUAUAUGCACAUUGGUUUGUUGUAUUGCAAAAGUAUUACAUGAAUAGUAAACGCACAGUGAAGUGUAACAAGAAUUGACGUCGCAAGCCUUUCUGGUAGACAAAAUUAUACUUCUUUCCUAAGGAUUAGUCUAUUUCUUUUAAAAUUCUUCAUGUUGAUAGUUAAAAAGUAUUUAUUGUUUGGCCUGAUUUUGGCAGGGUACCCUUUUUUUAAUAUCAGGACAAUUGCUCUGCUAAUUAAUAAUAAGUAAAUAUCUUGUACAAUGUUAUUAUGUUGCAGUGCAAUACGAAAAAAAAUGUUUGAUCAUUCCGUAUUUACAUUAUUACUAAUCUACUAUCAUUAUUCUGUUGUGAAAUGUUUUUAAAAGAAAGCAAUUCAAAAGUGUAAAAAAGCAAUAUUCUUGAUCAAAUUACGGAAUUUAAGAAUAUAGACGAAGAUUAACAAAAAAAGUGAAAAAAAUUGCUAAGUAAAUUACAACUAUUAGGUUUAGAAUACAGUAAACAUGCUAAAUUAAUAUUACUUUUUUUUGUUCUCGUUAAGUUAAAAUACUUUAUUUCAGAGAUGAUAGCUGUAGAAUUAGCAAAAUAUUUAAAGAUAGGCCUAAUUUUGUAUAUUAAAAUACAUUGAUAUUCUUUAGGCUUUAGACUUCAAUAUGUUAUAAUAUUAUGAUGUUUAAAAUUAAUGUAAAUAUAUUGUUAAAGGCUAACAAAAUUGCAAAAAGUGUUUUGUAUUGGUAGCACAGUAAUUUUUCAUGGUAGAUUGCAAAUUAUUCUAGCACAGUUUUGUUUUGAUCAAAAUCGAAAAAAAAAUACAUUUUAUGUGUGUGUGUUUAUAUUCGGUUUGUGAAUGAAUUGUAUUGCUAAUAUUCUGUCUGAAAACCUUCAAAAUGAUUUGAGUCUUGAUUGCCAUUGAUAGUACACUGUAAAAACUGUGGUGUUAAAACUGACACCAAUUGGUGUUAAUAGAGGACCACACCCUGAGGUGUUAA